AUGCAAAGUAAAGAAGUGAUAGAAAAGUGUGAUCUUGCUAUUGCCAAGUGGUUUAUUGAUGCAUCUAUUCCUUUCAAUGCUGCAAAUUCACCGUAUUUUCAACCUGCAGUUGAUGCUCUUUGUUGUAUGGGUGCUGGAUAUAAAGUUCCUACCAUGCAUGCUCUUCGUGGUAAUUUGUUAAAUAAGUGGGUUGAUGACGUGAAGAUACAGAUAGAGCAAUAUCGUUCUAUUUGGAAGGAUACAGGUUUUACUCUUAUGGCAGAUGGGUGGGCUGAUCGUUGUAGGAGAACUCUUAUCAACUUUUUAGUUUAUUGCCCCAAAGGAACUGUGUUCAUAAAGUCUGUUGAUGCCUCAGGUGCUUCUAAAACUGCAGAAACACUGUUUAAGCUUUUCAAGGAAGUGGUGUUGUAUGUUGGACCGGAAAAUGUUGUUCAAAUUGUUACAGAUAAUGCUGCAAAUUAUGUUGCUGCUGGAAAGUUGUUGGAAAAGGAGUUUCCUAAGUUGUUUUGGUCUCCUUGCGCAGCACACUGUAUUAAUUUGAUGUUGCAAGACAUGGGGAAAUUGGAUGAAGUAAGUGAGGCAGUGUCACAUGCUUCAAAAAUUACCAAAUACAUAUAUAAUCAUUGUUUUGCAUUGUAUUUGAUGAGACAAAAUACAGGUGGAAGAGAAAUACUCCGUCCGGCUCCAACCCGCUUUGCUACUAAUUUCAUUGCAUUGCAAAGUAUUUUGUCUCAUAAAGAUGCACUAAGAGCCAUGGUAACAUCCAAAGAGUGGACAACCACAACUUAUUCCAAAGAUGUCAAGGCAAAGCAAUUUGUGGAACAAGUCUUAGACUCAAGCUUUUGGUCUAAAUGUGCUGACAUAGUGAAAAUUACAGAACCUCUUAUAUGUGUGUUGCGUAUUGUUGAUAGUGAAGAUAAGCCGGCUAUGGGAUAUCUCUAUCGAGCUAUGUAUAAAGCAAGAGAGGAGAUUGAGAAGAGGUUUAGAAGAAAUAAGUUGAAAGUAGAGCCUUAUUUGAAGAUCUUGGAUAACCGUUGGGAUGCACAACUUCGGAAAAAUCUCCAUGCUGCUGGUUAUUGGUUAAAUCCAUCUUGUAGAUUUGGUUCGGAAUAUGAAAAAAACAAGUCCACCACCCAAGGCCUUUUGGAUUUCAUUGAAAAGUAUGCUUAUGAUAGUAAGGACUUGCGAUCUAAAUUAACUGCUGAGAUGACUUCAUUCAAAAAUUGUGAAGGUAGUUUUGGAAGGACAACAACGGUAGAAAACCGAGAUGAAGUUUUGCCAGAUCAAUGGUGGGACACUUAUGGAACCGAACCGCCGAAUUUGCAAAAGUUGGCUAUUCGAAUUUUGAGUCAAACUUGUAGUGCAUCUGGUUGUGAAAGAAAUUGGAGUGUGUUUGAACACAUUCAUUCAAAAAAGAGAAAUAGGUUGGAGCAUCAAAAGCUUAACGAUCUUGUUUAUGUUCGUUACAAUUUACGGCUACAAAAUAGAACCAAGAAGAAACAAAAUUAUGAUCCUAUUAAUUUUGAAACACUCGGUGAUCAUUCUAAUCGGGUGUUGGAGGAUUCACCACCAUUCUUGACCGUUGAGGAGGUGGAAGAACUACGCAAAGAUCUUGCUAGUAUGACAAUCCGACCUAUUUCAAAUGAUAUUGAUGAAUUAAAUUUGGAUGAGGUUGAUGGUGAGGGAGAUGUGUGA